AUGCGCAUGACUCGUGCAGCCCUGCGAGCCCAGGCUCAAGAGGAGCCGCAACUCAUUUACGAAGACGCCGACGCGAAUAAUAAUUCCCUGCAGGAUGAUGGCGCCGACGCCAACGCGAACCAGGAUCUUGUUCGGCCCCCAUUGAAGGACAUCACCACCGAAAUCAAUCCUCCGACCACUGACGACCCAUUUACAGACGAGCAGACUGAAGCUACUGUUAUGCAGAAAGUUAAGAGCAGGAAAAAAUGUCGAAAGGCCAAGAAUGACAAGGUUGAAAAUGAGUCUAGCAAGGGGGGAGAAUUGGACGAGCCGCAGGAACUUCAAUUCGAAGACGCGAAGGACAGCCACUUGAGUCAAUCCUCUGAGCACAAAGGCAGUGCACAGGACACACCUAUUACGGUUUCUGUAGAGCAAGCUGCUGUCGGUGACAAAGUUACAGUAGAGGCGGUGGACGCGACCCUUGAAGAGCGCGGCGCAGUCGAAUCAACUUCUACCCCUCGACACAGUCACAGCGGGCCUCCAAAGACACCCAAAUUCGACCCAUCUGUCCAUAAAGCCAUGGACGAAGUAGUGUUAUCUGCUGAAGACACUGUCGAAGACUCUUUUGUGGAGAAGAUCACAUCGAGGACCCCGGGCAGAUUGCAAAUACUUUUGGAGGAAAGCAAACUGUCUGAUUCCUACGUCGACCAGAUCGGAUCGCGAACGCCACGAAUCGAAGACUCGGUGGAAGCGAUCGAUGCUUUGGAAGAUGCGAUUGAGAAGAUCGCCGAGACAUUGCCUGCGUUGGACGAAUUGAAGAUUGAGUCCCCUGUAAAACUGCGAAAGACUACUCCAGCCAGAAUCAACCUCCGACCCAAUACGCCACCGACAGAUCCUCGGAAAAAGACGACUGGUAGACAUCCUGCACAAACAUCCCGGCGUCCGCCCCAGAAGGCUGGAACAGCUUCCGUACCUGCAGAGCGCCCGAAAUUGAGUGCCACCCGCGCAUCUUCUACCAAUCCGAUAGUCAAAGGAACGGUUACAACAAAAACGGUCAAGCGACCCAUCAUUGACGGCCACAAGUCUAGGGAGUCUUCUGCUCAGGCUUCAGCACCGCCACUUUCGUUCUCAAACUCUCCAGUUAAGAAACUUGCCAACACCACCAAGAAGCAGGUCGCUGGUGCCGCACUGUCCACCAGCAGGCCCGGAUUUGUACCGGCCAAAUCCACUAAAUCUCCCACCAGACCGAAAUUUUCUCUACCAGGAGAUGCCGUGGCGGCCAAACUCAAAGUGCAGAGAGAGGAGCGAAUGAAGCGCGAGGAAGAGACUGGCAAUGACAAGAAGGUCUUCAAAGCUAGACCUGUGCCGGCUAAGAUAUCUCGUCCCAGCGUUGUCCCACGAGAGAACAAAGCCAGCCAAGCGAGAAUGAGCAUCUACGCCACUGGCGGAAAUAAGGAGAACGUGGAGCCUAAACCUGCCGCCGCGUCUCAGCCAAAAACACGCCCUCUGUCGCAUGAGGCAAAACCCAAAACAUGGGAAACAGCCAAGGCAAAAGUGAGCGUCCAUCGGACAGCAGCCUCUGCCACCCCCACUAAACCACGUCCCUCAAGUAUUCACCUUGCCGCGGGUCAGAAGUCCACAAUCACCAAAGAAGACGUGGUCCAGCAGAGAGCGAAGGGUAAGGAGGUCUUUGAACGAUCAAAAGCCGAAAUGGAGCGUCUCGACAAGGAAAGGAGAGAAAAGGAAGAUGCGGCCCGCAAGGCCAGGGCAGAGGCGGCAGAGAGGGGAAGACAGGCGAGCCGAGAGUGGGCAGAGAAGCAGAAGAAGAAGAUCGCCGCGAAGAUUCUGGCUGCGAAGGAGAAGGAGAUGGCCGGUAGUGCUGAGAGUGUGGCAAGUUCCAGGCAGGCGAGUGCGGUGGCGUCUGCUUCAUCAUGA